UCUCUUCCUUCCUUCAAUCUUCUUCUUUCAUCAUCACCUCUCUCUCUCUCUCUCUAAACCAUUCCAUCUUCUCUUUCUAUAAAAUCUCUUCACACAGAUCUGUUCUCAGGUUGUUUCAGCUCACACUCGAACAGGGACAAGUUUGAGUUUUUCUUUCCAAGUUUAAAGAUCGAGACUUUGAACUUAAAAGAUCGAUUUCAUUUUUGUCGAUGGGUUCGUUAGGAGAUGAGCUUAGUCUAGGAUCGAGAAGACACUGUUCGAUGCCGACAAAAAUCUACGGGUUUCCGACAAAGAUCACGAAUGUUAAAAAGCUUGAAGAAGAGAAGAUGAAGAUCCAAGGCAGUGAUCUUGAGCUUCCUCUCUGUUUGCAGAUCCUAAACGAUGCGAUUUCGUAUUUGAAGGAGGAAAGCAAGAGAUGUUCGGAGAUGGAUACUCAACCAUUUUUGAAAGAUUUCAUCUCUGGAGAUGGUCCAUUGCUGAAAAGAGAGGAGAAGAAGCUUCUUCAGCUGUGGAGAGAAGAUGAUCACAUCUCAAACGGAAGAUUCUCAGACACGAACAACAAACUAGAUGAUAUUGAGAUAAAUGAGGAGAAACCUUCAAAUGGCUUAUCUAUGUUGUUGAAGACUCCAGAGGUGGAAACCGGUUUAGGUCUCGGUUUAGCAUCUAGCUCGAUGUUUAACGGAGGAAGAAGAAAAGGGACUGCCUCUUGUGGCUUUACCUCCAACGUCUCUGUGCCACAGCCACCACCAUAUCUUCAGCAGCAAGCGUUGUCGCGGAAGCAAAGAAGGUGUUGGACUCCCGAGUUGCAUCGCCGUUUUGUUGAUGCAUUGCAACAGCUCGGUGGUCCUGGAGUGGCAACUCCAAAACAAAUCAGAGAGCAUAUGCAAGAAGAAGGCUUAACAAAUGAUGAAGUGAAGAGUCAUUUACAGAAGUACCGGUUACAUAUCAGGAAGUCUAAUUCGAAUCUGGAGAAACAAUCAGUAGUUGUUUUAGGGUUUAACUUGUGGAACUCAUCAUCGAAAGAGGAAGAAGAAGGAACCGGUGAAGGAAGAGAAUCAUCAAAGAGAAACAACUCGCAGUCUGAUUCUCCUCAAGGUCCAUUGCACUUACCUUGUACAACAACUACUACAACAACAGGUGGUGAUAGUUGCAUGGAAGAUGCUGAGGAUGCUAAAUCUGAGAGCUUUCAGAUAUGGAGAGAUUGAGAUCUCCAUAAAUCUCAAAAAUCAUUUUUCAAGAACUUCGUUUUUGUUAUUUUGGAUUCACUACUACUGCUAGUAGUAGUUAAAGAGAACAAUAAUUAUAGAAAGGACAUAUAGGUUUAUAUACAUAUAGAAAGUGAGAGAGCAGAAGAGUGAGGAUGGUUCAAACUAUUUUUGUGUACGGCAUUUUUGGUUGGGUUUUAGUAAUAAUCUUUCUAUUUUGUUC